AUGAUUGAUGAUUUUUGCGACGAUUUUGUUCACAAUUGUAUGCAAUUGUUAAUUAAUUUAACAAAUACAAAUUUUCUUCCGACUCAUUUCGAACUGCUCAGGGCUUUCUUAAUUCCUGAAACCUCUUUCAAUAGUUUCUGUGAACAAAUUGAAGUAAAUCCUUGCCGCUCAAUUUUUAAUACACAAUUUGUAACUUUCAUUCUACAUAUUCUUUAUUCAAAUACUGGAACAACACAACAACCUCUUAUUGACUUUCUCAUAAAGGACUUCAAUUUACCUGCCUUUAUCUUGAAUGCUCUACCUGACUCGUUAUGGGGAGAUGAUUUUAGUUUAUCGAGCGACAAUAAUAUUUAUUCAAAUAAACUCUUCUCCAUUUCUAAGCGUAGUUUAUUUCUUUUUCUUGCCAAUCGUUUGUUGUUAUCUCAACAAAAUUCUCCAGUAGCGGACUAUAUAGACGAAAUGAUUAAAGGUGAAUAUUUAACAUUUUAUUUGUCAAUCUUUUUAUAGAAUCAUCUGUUUACGAAAAAUGGCAUGAUUUUUGUACAAGUUCUGUCCAGUCAUUUAUUGAUCAGAAUCGUUCAGAGAAAAUUAAUUCCAUAUCAGUCAGUGGCAGGACAAGCAAUUUUAUUGAAGUUGACGAGUUGCCCAAUGAUAAUGUUUUAACUCUUCCAAAUAUAAAUAUCGAUCCACAGAUUACUCAUUUAAUUGUGGAUGAAGAAGAAAGGAGGGGAGAAGCUUUAGGAGUUGACAGGCCGAGUCAGCCGUCUCCAACGAACAAAGAAAUUGAAAACAAAGGUAAGGAAAUUAAUUUUUGGUUAAUA